AUGAACUUGAUUAGUCAUCUAUGGAACUCGAAGCAUGUGCAAAUGGUGGUGAUGGUCAACAAGAUGGAAAACCAGAGCUCACUAAUACAUUACAUUGAUCUAUCAUGUAAUAGUUCUGAUGAUUACAUAGCGGAAUCUUAUGAGACUAACAGUUCUUUAUUGCAUAAUGAAGAAUCUCAUGCUGAAAUUACUGAUGUUUCUAUAAAUCUUAUCAGCACUAACUCAAAUCAUGCUUCUAUGUUUGAAGUGGAGCCUGACUUAGAAAAAAGACUAAAAAUUGAAGCAGCAAGAAAAGAACAUGAAAAGCUGUAUGAGUCAUCAUAUAAUGAGAAAAGAAGAGACAAUGAAAAAGCUAGAGCGAGUGAUAAAGUUAUAACACUGUCUCUUGACUUAAAGAAGUGUCUUCCAAAACCCUAUUUAACAGCUGGGUUUAGUUUUCACAAGCGACAAUUAUGGACUGUGAAUUAA